CGCGGACUCCCGCUCUCGGUAGGCCGAUGGGGGAUGUGGGCACCAGCGUAAUCCGAGUCUAAUCUGCAGGUUUAGCAGCCAUCCGUAGUGCAGAAUGGGUCGUGUAAUCAGAGGGCAGAGGAAGGGUGCAGGCUCCGUCUUCAAAGCCCAUGUGAAACAUAGAAAAGGUCCUGCAAAGUUGAGGGCAGUGGACUUCGCUGAACGCCAUGGUUACAUCAAGGGAAUUGUCAAGGAUAUAAUUCAUGACCCUGGCCGUGGUGCUCCUCUAGCAAAGGUAGUAUUCCGCGAUCCUUACAGGUUCAAAAGGCGGACUGAACUGUUUAUUGCCGCUGAAGGUAUUCACACUGGUCAGUUUAUCUAUUGUGGCAAGAAGGCUCAGUUGAACAUUGGAAAUGUCCUCCCUGUGGGUACCAUGCCAGAAGGUACCAUUGUGUGCUGUUUGGAGGAAAAGCCAGGUGACCGUGGUAAACUUGCCCGUGCUUCUGGGAAUUAUGCAACAGUCAUCUCCCACAAUCCUGAGACCAAAAAAAGUCGUGUCAAGUUGCCAUCGGGUUCUAAGAAAGUAAUUUCUUCUGCUAACAGAGCUAUUGUUGGUGUUGUUGCUGGUGGAGGUCGUAUUGAUAAACCAAUACUGAAGGCUGGUCGGGCUUAUCACAAGUACAAGGCUAAGAGAAAUUGCUGGCCACGUGUCCGUGGUGUGGCUAUGAACCCUGUAGAACAUCCCUUUGGGGGUGGUAACCACCAGCAUAUUGGUAAGCCAUCAACCAUCAGGAGAGAUGCUCCAGCUGGGCGCAAAGUCGGUCUCAUUGCUGCUCGUCGUACUGGUAGACUGCGGGGUACCAAAACUGUCCAAGAGAAAGAGAAUUAAUUCCUUGGUGUAAUAUAUGUCCCUAUUUGUCACAAUAAAAAUUCUUAAAGUGCA